CUUUACCCCUGUGAAUUGCUAGGAAGCUCUUCUUAGGCUUUAACAAGAGCCAUUUGCUUCCUCAUAAUGGAGCAGACUAACAGCGUGCCAGUGGAUGAGUUUUCCUCGAAUGUCUUCUCUUUCACCCCACCUCAAAACAGCAGACCUGAGUCUCAGGUGUCAGAUGGAAGUAAAGCAGGAGCCACCUUACUAUUUUCAGGAAUUUUUUUGGGACUGGUUGGAAUUGCGUUCACGGUGAUAGGGUCAAUGAAACGUGAAGGUGAGAACUCCUUUGAGUGGACUCAGUUGAUUGGACCAAUCAUGUUAACAGUUGGCGUAUUAUUUGCACUAAUUCCAGUGUGCAGGUUUAAGUUACAUAUAUGUAAAUCACGUAGACGCAACGAAGAAACUACACCAGAUGGGGAGAUGCCUUCAAGCCCUCAGUCCUUUGUUUUCAGUGGGAUCAACCAGCCCAUUACCUUUCACGGUGCCACAGUGCUUCAGUACAUUCCACCACCCUACACAACCCAAGAUGUCUCAACGAUGGGUGCUACCUCUACAACUCCUCUUCCCAAUGCUAUCUUGAGUAAUGGGGCAAUGUCACCAUUGUGUCCACCUCAGUAUUACAGUAUUUAUCCAAUGGACAACCCAGCAUUUGUAGGAGAUGAUACAUUUUUGACUUUACAAUCCACAGGGGAUGCAUAUGAGAGGUCUGUAUGUUUCCUUACAGAAAAAAAAUAUAUAUAUUUUUCAUACAAAAUGUUAAUUUACACUGAUAAAUAGUUGAAGACCUCUACAGUCUGUUUAAAUUUGAUGUUUGAAAUAAUGAAAAAAUAUAUAAUUCUGUUAUUUACUACAGUAAGAAUUGCUGGGAAUUCAAAGUAAAUAAUUGUUGAGAAUUUAAAGUGAAUUUCAAAUUUAGGGCUAUAAAUAUCUAAAUUGGAAACAUUCCCAGCUGUGAUUCCAGUUAAACUAUUUUAGUCAAAAGUAAGAAUUCACUUUAAAUUCCAGAUGAUUCUCACAUUAAUAUAUAACUCUGUAAUGAAUAGUCAACUUAAUGUAGUGGUUUUGGUGUCAAUGGCCUGUCCCUGCAGGCUCAGCAAGGCAGAGGUCUUUUCAGAAAAGACCGUGUUUACAUUGCUGCCUAGUAACACCUAUAGCAGCUGUCACUCAGACGGCCACUAGAGGUGCUUCCUGUUUCAGUGCUGGAUUGUGUGCAGCAUCUACGUUCAGCGUCUCCACGCUCUGCAUGGAGACAUUGAACGCUUCCCAUAGAGAUGCAUUCGUUCAAUGCAUUUCUAUGAGGAGAUGCCGAUUGGUGCAGCACUGCGUUUUGCAGCGCAUGCACAAUAGACUCCCAAUGCUUUCCUUUUGGAAAACAAUGAAUUGGCUGUCAUCAAGAUUGAUGAUCUCAGCCAUGGGGGUGUGACCAGCUUCUACAAGACCAGCGUGGCAAUGGUAAAAAGGUAAGUUUAAAUAACUUUUAACUCCAUUCUGAGGGGGUCGGUCACCUACACAUGAACUCCAGCACUAAACUGUUAGGAAUACAUGUUUGCAUUCCUAACACUGUAGUGUUCCUUUAAUAAGGUACGUUAAAAAAUAAUGUGUGACAUGCUUCUAUGCUAAUAUAUUAGGUUUUGGUUUGUAAUUAAAGCUCACAAGUGCCAAAUUAAAUCUCUCUCUGUAGUUAUUAAGUUAUGAUAGCACUCCAAUCUACACUAUGGGAUGUUAAAUGGACACUGUAGGCAACCAGACCAAUUCAUCUAAUUGAAGUAGUCUGGGUGCAGUGCCCCAGUCCCCUUAACCCAGCAAUGUAAAACAUUGCAGUUUCUUAGAAACUACAAAGUUUACAUUGCAGUGUUAAGUCCACUUCCACUGGGGAAACUUUACUGUGGGUGCGGAAAGCUUUGCACAUGAGGUCCACCAUUGACUUAACGUUGCGGGUGGAGGAUAACUAGCCAGGACCAAGGGAGCCUUGGUACUUUAAAAAAGGUACGUUAAAAAGGUUUUGUAAUCCUUUAUAUUCCUAGGGCAGUCCUACAAAACUAGGGACAGGGAAACUAUAGCAUUAGAAAUACAGGUUUGUAUUUCUAACGCUAUCGUGUUACUUUAAUGGACUAAUCCCUUUUGAGUGAAUAAUGCUCAGUUGACCUGCUCAUCUUUGCAAACCCAAUAACCCUUCAACAAGAUGCAUUCAACCAAAUUGAUAAUAAAAUCGGUUUAUUAAUUUUGAGAUUACUAGCAUACUGUGUACAAAAUAAUUGUCAAGCACGUUGGGUUUGUUGACAUUAGUCACAAAAAAAUUACUUUUUCCCCUUGUGGUCAUUACUGAAGAUUGGAAAUACCAAGCUAUUUCAUAAACAGAACGGGUUAUUCGUCAACUAAGGAAUGAAAAGAAUUGACAUGGGAAUUUGAAAACUUUGGCAAAAUUAGGCCUAAUGCAAUUAUUCUAGCCUAAAAUGAUUCUUGAUUUUGUCAUUAACAUUGAAAGUAUAAUAUAAAAUAUUCCUAUAUAUAUACAGAUUGGAAAAGCUGUCAGACUCGAACUUACACAAACAAAGAAAUAUGUUUCCAGAUGGCGACAUACAGGGCAGACAGCUUCUACGAACGUUCACAAAUGUAUCCAAACUGAAAUAUGUUAUCUAACAAUAUAAAUUGUAAAAUAUGUAAGUGGGGGCCAGAGGGCUGCCUGGAAGACAAGUAAAAACUGUCUUUUUGCACAUGAAGCUUAUGGCUGUCAGUGCGGAUAGUCCAACUCACGGCGCAAAAAUAUUUGUUGAAAGAUGGAGGCUACUGGAGUCGUGAGUUGAGUAAUUAUAUAUCCCUGCAACCUCCAUCAGUGGGACCUGCUCUAAGUAAGAUGCAGACUUUGUUUAUCCCAUAUCUAUUGUCACCAAAAACCAGCGACCAGUAUCUGGAAUGUCUUAAGCACUGGCUGAUCUCACCCAAGGGUAAUUUUCAAACACCUCCAGGGACUCAAUACACAUUUAUCACAGGCCGGCAGCCUGUCCGGCGGCCCUUGAUAGAAGAGCAGAUCUGAAGAGCAUUGAGAUCAUGUGACACCAGUCGAGUCACAAACUCAUACAGCGCUGGACUAGCAAAUAAUGCACAGUAUUCCUGCCUGGUGCCUCACCACUGCCAUAUUCUGCUAACAGACAUCACAAUUCACCAGUUAUUAAUAUGCCAGAAGAAUAGUGAGGAUAGGGUGCAGCCCGCAACCUUAUAUACUUGCAGCCCAGAGGGCAAUUGCCUCCUGCGACUUAUGCCAGCCCUCCCUUGAAUAGAGUUAUAAUUGGAGGAGCUAUAAUGUAACUAUAAUUUUGAGUUACAUAUGUUUAUAUGGACAUGGCAUAACGUCCGUUGUUCUAUAUUUAUUCCCAUUGUCCUGUCGUGGUUUUGAUGGCAAUUACAGUCCAAUAACAACUUGAAAGGGGGACACAUUGUAACCCUAACCAUAUUGCAAAUCAUCAACAUGCCAGAACAAAUGAAUGACAUGAAAUAACUGGAUUUCAGAAGGAUUUGAAAAACAUAUAGGUUUCUAAUUAUGCACUGUUACAAUGUGCACAGAAUCCAGAUAUUGUACGUGCAUUCAUUGUCCAGCUAAUGUACGUGCGUUGUCCAGAUAACGUGUGUGCGUUGUACUUGAACUUUAUUGACUGUUGCACAGAGUUAACUAUUAGAUCGUUAAGAGUUCAGUGUUUAUAAUUAGCUGUAAAUCAAUGGCUCACAUUGUAUCCAGAUACGUUAAGUGACUUUGACACCAUAUGGUGCCUUAAAAUAAUGUAAAAAGUUAAUUAAUGGAAAAUUAUUAUUGAGCAAAGUUUAAAGUACAGUUAGUUCUUAUAUCACACAUACUAUUUGUAUCUUAUUUUCCAUUCUCAGCAGCUGAAACUGCUAAAUUGCAUCUGUAGAAAAUACAUUAUCAGUGAAUUAUGUUCCUUAUUUGUCUCAAUCUGAACUUGAUACAGAGCUACGGCACUGAUUAGUUUACUGUAUUUUAACGAAUGGGAUCUGAAAUGUCCUAGGCAAGUCAUAAAAGGAACCAGUUUCACAAAUAUAAAACUAGGUAAUUAUGUUACAGUGGAUAUGGAAAUACAUAUUUAAAAUUAUUGUUUGGUAAUACUUCAGCCUAUCAAGGUUAUUCACUAGUCCGAAUGGCCCUUUAAUGAAUGGGGCAAAAACAUUCGGCUGCAAACAGGGUCAUUCGGAGUGAAAAAACAUCAAUGUUUUUGUCAUUCAGGACCAAGCUAAUGAAUUAAAUCUGGGUCCUGAGGCUUCAACUAGGUAAGAGCCAGUGGGCAAAUAGUGGGCAAAUAGUUUACAAAAACAACCCCUCUGUGGUGUACAGAUAAAUUAUGUGACAUCUGGCCAGGACUUGCUAGCUAGACACCACAUUAAAAAAGUUAAACAGGACUUCUGGCAAAGGAGCCAACAGCAGUGGAUGCAGGCAAGAAAGCUCCAUCAUAGCGGUGCCCAUAUUUGGGCCUGCUGACAUAGCAGCCUGCAGCCAGGUCCCCAAUCGCAACACUUGGUGAAUGAAAGAGCACCUUGAGUCUGAUAUAGCCAUGAGUGAGCGGACGCCAUGUUGUCCACUCAGGGAGCUGAGGGGAGAAGCCCAAAACCAGAUGAUCAUGCACUCUGAGUACCAGGUCAAGCACAAUGAACAGAUCCAAGAGCCACCAAAGAAACAAGUAAUGGGCUGAAGGUAGGUCAAGAGCUCACUCCAUUAAAGACACAAGGCCUAACAUCAUGUGAAGAAAGCUGUACGUAUGCUCAUAUCUAGGUCACCUACUCAACAUAAUAUCUCUGCUGUGAAAAGUCUAGUAGGCUUAAGGGCUGUACAUACUUUAUUUUACUUUUGAUGCUUUACUUUCUCUUUUGAUAUAAAUAUCACAGUUACAAUACUAUCCAAACAUUCAAAAUAUCUUUCAAAAACACUUUUUUUGUGCAAAGGAAACAUCUUCCGCACCGCCAAGCCCAACCACAUCUGACACUUUAGUCACGCCAGACCUACCUAAUAACAAUGCCGCUUCACUAGCAGAUUAUAGUAAGGCCUCACUGUGGCCUAAACUGGAGGCAAACUUAGACUUCAUACAACAUACUAUUUGACGAGCUGGUCGGCAAAAUAGCUGCUAACUCAUCCAGACUUUAUAGCUUCAAAAAAAGGCAUAGUGACCCGGAAGACUCCUCAAUUACACUACAAACACAACUUUAACAACAAUCUGAUCUCAUCUGAUCUUAUUUCACAGCUCCACUUUAUAGGACUUCCGGAGUCCAUCAAUCUUCUAACCUUACCCCCAUUACUCUAAAUUUACAUACUGUGAGUCCUGAAUCUCCCCUAUAAUUCUGACACACUCCAACUAGCACACCAGUUAGGACCGGAAAAAAACUUGACGCCUGCAAUGAAAAGACCAUGUUUCAUGUUGUGCAAGAAAGGGAAAAUUGGCUCUCGGGGUCAUGGGCGCCCAAAGCUCUUUGACGCAUGUGGGGAGUGAAGGCUAGCCUGUCUGGUCUGAUCACACAGAAGAGCUACUAUUGCACAAAUUGCUAAAAACUUAAUGCUGGCCAUGAUAGAAAGGUGUUAGAAUGCACAAUUGAAGUCAGAGUGCACAUGAUGACCCCUUUUGACUGCCGAAAGGGGUCCAUAACACUCAUGUCAAUGGGGACAUGAGUGUCAUGGAGCAAUAGAUGAAGGUUGCCUUGUCUUAUUAAUCACGUUUUCUUAUAGACCAGGUGGAUGGUCAGGCGUGUAUUUUGUCAUCUACCUGGGGAAGAGAUGGCAGCAGGAUGCACUACGGGAAGAAGGCAGGCCAGUAGAGAUAGUGUUAUGUUUUGGGCAAUGUCUGGUAGGAUACCUUGGAUCCUUGCAUUUAUGAGAAUGUUACUUUGACAUGUACCACCUACCUAGAAAUUUUUGCAGACUACGUAUAUCUCUUCAUAGCAAUAGUGUUCCCUGAUGGCAGUGGCCUCUUUCAGCAGGAUAAUGCACUCUGCCACACUGCAACAAUUGAGGAAAAGGGAAUGUUUGAGGAACAUGACAAAGAGAAGUUCUUGUCUUUGCCUCCAAAUUCACUAAAUCUUAAUCCAAUUGAGUAUCUGUGAGAUUUGCUGGAACAACAUGGAGGCCCCACCUCGCAACCUGCAGGACUUAAAAGAUCUGUUGCUAACGCCUUUGUAGGGGACCUGCACAAUAUUAGGGAGGUGGUUUGUGGCUGAUCAUUGUAUAUGUGCAUGUUUGAAUGUUUAUCUAUGUGUCUGUGAUUCUGUGUAUCUCUGUAUCUAGGAGUGUGUAUAUUUCUUGUAGCUUAUGUGUGCGUUUCCUGCUUCCAGUGUGUUGUUUCACUCUUGUGUGUUCACACAGUCUGUGGGGAGAUCUUAAAUUCCCUUACCAGCCUGAGCAAUGAUAGGGCAUCCCUGCAAAAUUGAUAUUCUUAUUGUAGGGCUGGAGUUUCAUGUCACAGACAUAGACCAACCAGCACACUAAUGACACCAGUUGCAAAGAAAUUUGUUUGCAAUAAAUUAAUUUCUUUGCACUUGGUAAAAUGGCGUAUGAUUCCGGGGUAUAGGAGCAUACUCCGAAAACAUACACAAUUUCUGUAGUGGAGUGGCUGAUGAAUUAAAAAAAUAUUAAAUUUGUCCAAAAAAAAUAUUUCCGCCAUGAUGUAUUUGAGUGGGCUGAGGGCCGGCCCGUCUAUAGACCGUGCUGGAGCCACGGCUCCAGGCGGCAAUCUGACAGGGGCAGCAUUUUGACGUGUGUGUGUAUCUGUUUGUAUGUGUGUAAUGUGUGUGUAUCUGUAUGUAGUGUGGGUAUCUGUGUGUUUGUGUGUGUGUCUGUGUGGUUGUAUGUAUGUAUGUGUAGUCUGUGUAUCUGUAUGUAGUGUGGGUAUCUGUGUGUGUGUUUAUGUGUGUGUGUGUGUGUGUGUGUCUGUGUGUCUGUAUGUGUGUAUGUAUGUGUAGUGUGUGUAUCUGUAUGUAGUGUGGGUAUCUGUGUGUUUGUAUGUGUGUGUAUGUAUGUGUGUAUCUGUGUAUGUGUAGUGUGUGUAUCUGUUUGUAUGUGUGUAAUGUGUGUGUAUCUGCGUAUGUGUAGUGUGUAUUGUGUGUAUCUGUAUGUAGUGUCGGUAUCUGUGUGUUUGUAUAGGUGUAAUGUUUGUAGUGUGUGUUUGUAUGUGUGUCUCUGUGUAUGUGUAGUGUGUGUAUUGUGUGUGUGUUUGUGUAAUGUGCAUCUGUGCAUGUGUAGUGUGUGUCUGUAUCUAUGCAGAUACAAAGACAAACAGAUACAAUCACUGACACACAUACAGAUACAGACACACAAAUACAAACACUGAUACACAUACAUAUACACAGACACAGUGUAUAGUUAAGUGUAUUGGCUGCAGUGCACACACAGACACAAGCUACAUCCCCAGCAUACACAGUUAUAUACUACAUCCCCAGCACGCACACAGACACACACUACAUCCCCAGCACAAACACAGACACACACUACAUCCCCAGCACACACACAGACACACACUUCAUCCUCAGCACACACAGACACACUACAUCCCCAGCACACACGCAGACACACACACACUUCAUCCCCAGCACACACACAGACACACUACAUCCCCAGAACACACUACAUCCCCAGCACACACACAGACACACUACAUCCCCAGCACACACACACACUUCAUCCCUAGGAUACCCACAUAGAGACACUACCAUUGCAGAAACAUAUAUGUUGUUUUUUUUGGGCGGGGUAGGGGGGGGAGCAGCAUUUCAUACUUGGAUCCAGGCAGCACAAUGUCUUGGGCCGGCCCUGAGUGGGCUUAAAGCAAUACUUUAGACACCAAAACCACUGUCAAUGAAGUGGUCUGGGUACUAUGUCUACCAUUUUAACCCUGCAAGUGAAAAAAUUGCCAUUCAUUGCAGGGCUCAGAUGCCUCUAGAGGUGUGUCCUUCAAAGUAGCAGAAUAAAACUCUACUAUUUCAAUCAGAUGGUCACAUACAUAAAUUGGCACAGCGUAGCAUUUUGCCGUGCAUGCGCACUAACCUCUAAAUGCUUUACUGUGGGAAAGCAAUGGAUUAGUUGAGAUCAUCAACACUGAUUAUCUCAGCUAAGGAGGCGGGACAGCAGCACAGAGAUCUGCUCUGCACGGGAGCAAAGGUAAGUAAAAUCACUUUUUUUUUUACUCCCUACAGGUGGGGGACAGUAACCUAAACAGCCACCAGGGCACCAUAGCUUUAGGAUAUACAUUUCUAUUUCCAACACUAUAGUGUUCCUUUGAAGCUGCAGAAGCUUUUACAGAUGAUGCAGUUAUAAGCAGCUGAGUGUAGGCAGUCAGGGACAUGGGGCCUCCUUGCAUAAUGCCUGUCAGUGAAGCAUGUAGGUGACUGAGUUGUGCAAAUUCAGGCUCCAUAAAAUCAAAGCCAGAUAAGAUAAAGUGAAGGCUACAAUUAACCAAAUUGCUAAAUAAAAUGGAAAAAAAAAAUUAAUCUGGUUGGAUGUCUCAUUCAGCACAUACAGAAUUUAAUACAGAAUCUCACAGGGGUUUAAUCCGCAAAUUAAAAUCUGAAAAAAUAUCCGAUAACUUGGCUAUUUUAGGAUAACUUUUUGCAAUUUGGAUUUAAAGGCACAAUUACAUGCACCAUUACCACUACAGCCCUCUGCCCUAAUUAUGUUGCCAGGAAUGCCCUGGCAUUAUCCCAAAUUUAAUAUACAACUAAUUUUAGCCUAGUAUGGCAACUUACCUGGAUCUUGUUGGGUGCCUAGUCUUCUUCAGCAGAGGAAACCAGGUAUCUCUCUAGAAUAAAGCACAGCUGGACUACAUGCACAGGCUGAGAAAGGGCAGUAUUUACAUAAAACAGCCCACAGGGACAGGCUAAACACAAAAGAACAACUAACUUAAGCUAUAUUGGUUCUAGUGUCUAUAGUGUCCCUUCAAAAGGACACUAUAGGCAUCCAGACCACUUCAUCUCAUGGGUGGUGAGGGGGGACGGGGACAGAGGCAGAUGGACACAGUAGUGUUAGGAGUACAGUUUUGUUUUCCUAAUACUAUUAGAGUGUUCCUUUAAUUGCAUUUCUGGUCAGAAGGUUCAUUUUGGCAUGUGUUUAGGGUGAUGAUCAAAAUUUGUUCUGGUGUUUGAAAGUCACACUAUACCAGGGGUUCCCAACUCAGUCCUAAAGUACCCCCUACCAGUCCAGGAUUUAGGGAUUACCCUGGUAUGAUUAAAGAGUUUUUUGGUUUCUUUCUAAAAACACCUUAGACACAAUGGGGCAAUCCCUAAAUCCUGGACUGUUAGGGGGUACUUGAGGACUGGGUUGGGAACCACUGCACUAUACAAAAGGACAAGUCUCAUUUCAUGGCUGUAGUUUUUUUUCCCACUUGAGAAGUUUUAGUGAUUUUGCAUGAAGAUAAAUUUGCGAUCAUGCAGGUGAUUAAGCAAUGUUUCAGACAAAUGUAAUGAAUACAGAGGAUACUCACAGUUGGAAAGUAUCAAUAUGCAGUCUAUAGCCAAACUCAAAUAGAACAUAAUUAGAAAUUAACAAAACAAUCUAGCCAGAGAACCCAUCGUCUGUUCCUGCACUUUACCAUGAGUACAGGGUCCAGGGUUUGCUAAGCACUGUAUUCAUCAGUCUCUCGAAAGUAUAGCUUAUACCCUGUGUGACCAUGAACGCUGGGCACAUGUUAUGCAGUGCCAUUUGUGGAUUUGGGCUGAUAUUAUAACCUGCAAUCCUGGAAGGAUUCCCUCUCACAAAGAUGGAACCAGUGCACACUCCCACCAUAAAUGUGUAUAUGUGCCGCUUCUCCCAUAAUUCUUCCAACAUGCUCUCAUCUACUCCCCUAUGUGUCUUGUAAUCUGGCUGGGACUGUAUACCAUCUCAUAACCUUUUUGUAUCCACAUAGAUCUCACCAAUGCACACUCCCACCAUAUAUGGGUGUACGUAUCCCUACACUAACUCUUCCUCCAACAUGCCCCUGUCUCCUCCCCCUAUGUGUGUUCUGAUCUGGCUGGGACCAUAUACCAUCUCAUAAGUAUUUCGUAUAAGAAUUCUAAGUGGGAUGUACACUGUGUCAGCCUCCUUAAAGAACCACUACUUGUUUUCCUGGCACUAUAGGGUCUUUAGGCCCCCCCCACCCUCAGGGUCCCUCUCCCGCUGGGCUGAAGGGGGCUGAAGGGGUUAAACACUUACCUUUGUCUAGCGCCGGGUUCCCUUGGCGCUGGGGAACUCUCCUCCCUCUGCCGACAUUAGCGCUGAAUGCGCAUACUCAGAAAGAGCUGCACGCGCAUUCAAACAGUCCAUAGAACAGCAUUUCUCACUGCUUUCCUAUGGACGUCCAGCGUCUUCUCACUGUGACAGCCACUAGAGGCUGGAUUAACCCCAGUGUAAACAUAGCAGUUUCUCUGAAACUGCUAUGUUUACAGCUGCAGGGUUAACCCUAGAUGGACCUGGCACCCAGACCACUUAAUUGAGCUGAAGUGGUCUGGGUGCCUAUAGUGGUCCUUUAACACAGAAAAAGAGGAGGACGACUCCCCUUCGGGUAUAUUACAUUGAAGGUCUCUGGCUCCAUUUCUAUUUAAAGGAACAGAUACCUGGGUGACAGCAUAUCAAAAUAUGUUUAGGUAUUAGUUGUUUUCAGGGGUUCUAGGUGGUUGUUGAUCUGAUGACUGUGAUUUUUAAUAUUAGUUUUUUUAUUUUAUUGUUGCAGGAGCCCAGCUGGUGCAGCUUCAUCUGAGAACCCCCAGGAAACAAUCACGCACAGAGACCCCCCUCCUUUAUAUCAAGAUAUAUUUCCAGAAAUUAAAUGAUUACAGUGGACUCAUAAAUGUCAGGGCUGAAUCAUGCAGAUGAUAAAUCAACUUUGAAUUUUAUAUGCAGCCUCCUUCCAUGAGCGCUUAGAUAAUGUAUAAGGUAAAACCAGACAACAAAUGAUGGGAAUAAUUGUUUGAAUAUAUACACAUCCUGUCUGUGUCACUUUGUUCCCGUCAAAUGCCUAGUCUUUUUAUGCAAAUAUCUUCAUAUAAAUAGAAAUCUUUACAUUUUAACACAUUAUGAGCACCUACAACUAAAGGUAAUGUAGAAUGUUUUCAGAAACAAUUAAAUGAUUAUUAAAAGCAGUAAUGUAUGCCUUUAGCGGUAUUGUAGGUGACUACAUGAGCUCUUAUAUCAAGACUCUUUGCCUUUUCCUAGUGAAUCCUCUACAAUACUUUAUUCAAUGGAUACAAUGUAAAUGUAUAAGACCAUUUUGUUUCUACAUAUAUGAAAAGUAAGGCAAACUUGGUGUGAAUAUGCUAUGCACGGCCCCAGCUCUACCCUGUAAAGGAAGCUGAGUAUUGGCUGCACAAUUGAGCUUGGUAGCUCCAUUAAUAAAGUCAUGAAUGGAGUGGUACAUAUGCUGACAGUAGUUAUGGUGCAGCUACUUCAGAUUUUGCAGCAGAUUUUGCAGCCAUACCAUUCGUCAUAUUUGAUGAAUGGAAUUGCUGUCAAGUGAUGAACGACAUGUGUAAGGAGUUUGAUGGAUACAUGAGAGCUUAUUGCAGAAGCCAUGCUUAACUGAGGAAGCUCUACAAGAGGGAAACGCGUUUCAGCUUAUCCAGGACUCUUAUAUUUUAAUAUUUUAUAUCAUAUGUUAUUUGUUAAUAUUGUAUUAAUAAAUUUAAUUAUUUUAAAAUAAGUCCUCUGGAGCCUACUGAAUCUAUUUAGGGGAAGUGCCAUCCUCACAAAUAUUGGCACAUAGCCACUACUCCUCAGAGCCAGGAUACAAGACUCUGAAAAAGUGAGCAUUCUACUUAUUGUCACCACUGCAACUAUUGAGACAGACUACACAUUUGUUCCCUUAUCUCUAUGUUUUAUCUUUGAGAUACAUAAUAUCGUGGAUUGCAGGUGUGAUGCUGCCUUAAAAGCAUACUCUUUUAAAUGUGAGUGUUCCACUUCACGACCAUUUUAUCUGAUUUUAUUUAUAUGCACCACCUGCACUAUAUUGCUUUGUCUGUUUUUUUCACAUGUACUGCACAUUAACUUGCCAUCAAGUUAUAUGGGGUAAGUGUACCCCGCUAUUCAGCGCUCCACUUAUAGGUGUAGGUUUUGUACUUGCACCGCUUUAUAGAUUUUUACAAACUAUGGGAAUCUGGAGCAAAAGCAGUACAUUUAAAAUUAUUUAUUUAUUUACUUUUUAAAUGUUCUAAAAAAAUUUAAAUGUAUUAUCAGUAUAAUGCAUUACAAUGUGUCUCGGCUCUGGCCUUGAGUGUAAUUUUAAUGAUGCAACUCGGUAUGAUCUCAAGGUAGAGUCUCAGAUGUUGUAGAACUACUCAUGAUGCUUUGCCUCCCCUUAGAAGGACAAAGCAUCAUGAAAAACUGUAAUUUGUUGGCAUCUUCGGUUCUACCUUUUGGCUGCCUCUGGGUAACUUCUCAUGAAAGAGAACCCUACAUCAGAUAUUGAUUUGGAACCAUGCUACAGGCCUGGGUGUCAACUGUAUGAGAGACCAGUAAGAUGUCUGAACAAUCACAAGCCCCCGUCCCCCAGGAAAGCAUUGUGAUCGAAAGGCAACCGGCCUAGGAACAAACCCAUUCAGUGUUGGACUAGCAAAGCUCUGAACAAUUCCUACCUGUUGACUGACAACAGGCAUCCCAACAUACCUCCAGAUGUUUUUAAUCAGCAGAAGAAUGGUGCAGUGAGACUCCAGACCACAGCCCCUGCAUGCUAGUAGCCAGAUGGACAAUAGCCCACUGUCCUCUUUAAAGCCCUUCCCUGGUUUUUGUUUCUCUGAUCAGUUAGUAUAGUUUUUCUUUUUCUUUUUCAGCCGACAUUGUCUAUAAUACCUCGAUGUGUUCUUUUUUUGUUUUAUAUUUUUUUUCCAGUAGGCUGAGUAAGAGCAGGACGGAAUAAAUGAAGAGAAAUCACAAUAUAUUCCAGUGUUAGAUUAGUUUAUAGUAAAAAACAAGGUAGCUAUUACAGUUGCAUGUCAACGAGCACUUAAAAAGAGUAAUGAGAUGAAAAAACAAUUCUUACAUUACUCUUGUAAAAAGUCUAGGUUCCUAUUCAGGGUAUCUGUGCUUAAACAAGUGCCUUGAUCUAGUGAUUCAUAGCACAUCUGUACAGAAUAUGUUCCUCUGUUAUUACCCCCAUAUUGCAUCGCUUGUACAAUGUGUUGCUGUAUAUAUUUAUAUCAAAUGCUCAUUGUGUGUAUGCUAUGUUGUUCCAGGUUUGCGAGGUAGGACUAAGAGUAACAAAACCUUGAAACGUGCAUAUAUCAUUACACUCUUAUUUAACAAUGAAUCCCUUCCUUCCCAAAAUAUAUAUCCGGAGCUAACUUUUAUCGUGCAACACAAAAUUAGGCACAAAACCCCCACUUUCCUUCGUCUGUACUCCAAAACUGGUUUUCAUUGUCCAGCAAGAAAAAAAAAUCAUCACCAUUCUUUUCCUCUGCCUUUUUGCAGAGGGACUGUAAAUGGCUACCUACCUCUAUCCUGCUCCUCCAGCAUUCUAGAAGUCAUGGUUCUGUAGGUUACCAUGAGUACAUUCUGUUGGCAAUUUUAGGAAGCUACAUUUCCAUAAAUGCCAAAAGAUAAUCCGGC